AUGACGCCGCAUAGCAGCGACGCUGCCGCGAAGCCCGAGAGCGACGCGGCAACGCGGCUUGAUUUUUAUCUCCCGCCGCCCGACCACCGCGCGUACCGCCGUGGGAAGAUUCAGCGGCUGCGCGACCAAAUCACCGCGUGGCGCCGCCAGUCGCGGGGCGGCGUGGCCCAGACCUCCGCCAGGGGCGGCUCAGCGGACCUGCCGCUCUGGAAGGCGGCAAACGCCACUCCCACGCGGCGUAACGUGUCGCGGCACGAGAAGGUGCUCCUCCUCUCGCGCGUGGCGCCGACCCCGCGCAGCGGGCGGCGCACACCCUCCCCCGCCCCGCACGGGGACUCCCACGAGAAACCGCUACGCCUGGCGAGCUACACCAACACGCUCAACAGUAAUACGCGCGCAACGCCGCUUCUCGGCCGAGUGACGGAGGUGCCGUACUUUCACGAUCACACCAUCUUUUGUCUGCCAAGAGACAGGCGCGCCGUUGCCGCGACGGCUGCUACUACGGCCGCCGCCUCCGUUGCGGCCGCUGAGACUUCUGGCACUUUGGACGACAGCGACGGGGCUCCGCGUGCGGAGCCGGGUGUUUGCUUCUGCUACGGCGUCACCUCAAACAGCGAGGAGAUGGCACGCCACUGCGAGCAUGCGAGCCCUGCGGGGAAGACAACCAACAGUGGGGCGACGCCCCCUGUGAAGAGUACAAUUAGCAGCAGCUCUUUCAAGGAGACCGCCUCCUUCUCUUUUUCCUCGCCGGGGUCGAACGGCUUCAGGGCGGCCUCUGCCUCUGCCUCAGCCUCGGCGGCGGCGGCGUCGGUCUCGGCAAAGCGCAAGGCUCUCACGGUGGACUCGUCCUUUGCCACGAAGACGCAAAGCGUGGAGUUGGCCAUGGCCGUGCACGCGGAGCGGACGCGGCGGAGCUCGACAAUGCAGCGGCCGCAAAGCGAGAGCCUGCGUCAGCGCGUGUUUGAGCGGACGAUGGAGAUACCUAUUGACUGGAGAGAGUUUGAGCGCCUGUCCUCAGGCUGCAAGGCGUCUCCUCCCGCCACACUGCUGGAGGAGCGCGCUAGUACCCCAAGCCUCGGCCACACCCGCCUCACCGCGACGUCCGCCACCGGCACCGAGGGCCGGGUGCCAAUGCGGCUCUACAACAUCUGCAUGAAGCGGCGCCUGGCGAACUCGGAAGGCUCGAUGGAGAAGGCUUCCAGCUUCCCGCGUCUUGGGACUCGCGUGACACUCUCCAAGUCAUGGGUGUAA